UUCAUUUUUUUCUUUUUAGGGGAACUGGUUGGUAAGUUGCUUUAUCAACACGGACCCAAAUAAUCGCUGGACUGACUUCCCGGAAAAACACGGCAGGGGAAAGAGAAACGUGGAUAUUUUGACAAGUGAGUCCGAUAAUGACGCGCUGGGCUCGAGCCAACAAUGUCCACAAAAACAAACCUGCUGAGGCCACCCCCUGGAGCCAGCUGAAGGCCAACAGGGCCGCUGCGGAGAGAGGUGGUCCAGCGGGUCGUGUCCAUAAUAGGCCAUUCGGCCAGGCAACAGACUCCUUCCGGAAAACCCAGCCAGGCCAGGGAGUGAAGAAGCCCAAUAGGAAAAAGAAGGACUACGACAAUGUGGAUGUGAACGGCUUCCUUGAGUACCUGCAGCAGACAGGCCAGCCACUGCCCCGCGGGCCCCCAGGGGCCCCUGGAGUGGAGGAUGGACUGAGGGAGGAGGUGGAGGUGGCACUGAAGAAGGACAAGAGGAGGGAGGACAGGAGGAUAAAGAGGCAGAAUAUCAAAAAGAAUGCCAUGCUGUGCUUUAACUGCAGGAAGCCAGGCCACGGGCUGGCCGACUGCCCAGAGGCAGAUAACGACGAGGAAAUGGGCCGGGGCAUCUGCUACCGCUGCGGCUCCACGGAGCACGAGAUCCACAAGUGCAAGGCCAAAGUGGACCCUGCUGUUGGAGACUACCCGUAUGCCAAAUGUUUCAUAUGCAGUCAGACUGGCCACCUGUCCAGAUCCUGUCCUGAUAACCCCAAAGGCUUGUACGCUGCAGGAGGCUGCUGUCGAGUGUGCGGUUCAGUGGAACACUUUCAGAAGGAUUGCCCAGAGCACCAGGAAUCAGCGAAUGCGGUCACCGUGGGCCGACUGUCUGACCGCAUGAGCGCCGACCACCAGGACGUUCACGUUCCGGUUAAGAAGGCCAAGCCCAAGCAGGCGAAGGUGGUGGUUUUCUGAAAAGGAUGUCGGCUUGUCAGAACAGAGAUAACGCAGGACAUCUGAAGGGCCGGAAAAGAAAUCCACUUACCUAUCCCAUAAUUCCUCAGCUCCUGAAAGACAUUCUGUUGAGGACUAGCAGCAGCAACGAACAGACUAUUAUCACAGUUUUUUUUUCAGCAUUCCGUUCAGAGACUGGACACGCUUGUGUGGUUAUACUGUAUUAAACAGGACAUGCAGUUGGCUGAUCGCAGAUCAGUUUUCCCACUGUUUUCUGCGAUAAUACACAGAAUAUGCACAGACUAGGUACACAGAAACAAACAUUUACUUAAGCUCAUACACAGAAGAAUACAGUUUUAGGAAUUAUGGAAUUUUAAUGAAUUAACAGCUUGAUUUCCCAAAAAUACAAAUACAUUGUUGAUAGUAAACCCUUAUGAUUUAUAUAAACUCUAAGUUCACACUUUUAUAUUUUACUCAUGUACAAGCCACAAUUUGGACUGUAGACACAAUAACCCACCAGGAAAAGAACAGCUUUCAUUCAAAGGAUUUAUUUACAGAUAGAAAACAGUUUUGGACGCCUUUCACAAGGCUGUCGUAAUGUUGUCCUUCUCCAGAAAGGCAAUGCAGGACAGUGCGGUCUCCUCCAUGGACUUGGACCAGCCCGCUAAGUUCCCCGCUAUGUACGGCAGCACCCCCGAGGUCACCUCGUUGUAGUAGCACACCUGUGUGCGUGAAAAGCAGUUAAAACAUACUCAGGUGCUAUCCUGUUAUGAUGUGGUCUGGUCACAGAAAUUCUGGGUUAAUGUGCAUCAGCACCAAAGACUGCACUUUCAGCACUUAGGAUCACUGCCAAGUUGCCUGAAACGAGGGAAUUCAUCUCACACAUGGGGGUUUAAUCCCUAUUCUUGUUGGUGUUGAUAAGGAAAAAGUGUACUAUGAUGUAAUAGAACUAAAUAAACCUAUCAGAUACAGAUGA